AUGUCAAUCAGCUUUGCUUCUUUAAGCUCACUCAUUUUUAUUUAUUUAUUGCAUAUGGGGAUUGUUUCAGAAUCAGAGUUCAACAUCCUUGAAUAUUUUCAACGCUAUCUUGUUGAUGAUUUUGAGGAAUCUCAAGCAACAAUCACUUGCAGCAGCAAUAAUGUUGUUCUUCAGCCUUCGUAUAGCAGGAGUUUAAGCUUCACUAGUAUUUUUUUGAAUGAAGGUUGGGGUGAUUUACCCUUAAAGAUGGAUGACUCGGAGGAUAUGCUGGUUUACAGUGCUUUGCGCAACGCGGCAAACUUCGGGUGGACUCCUUUGAACCAGGUUGAUUUAACAACUAGUACGGUGGCAGUGGCAGUAGAAGAGAAGGGAGAGUCCGUCAAGGUAGAACGUCCUGAAAGCAAUGCGGUGCCACGGAGGGGGAUGAAUUUCAGAGGAGUGAGAAGGCGGCCGUGGGGAAAGUACGCAGCUGAGAUAAGGGAGCCUAAAAGGAAUGGAGCAAGGAUUUGGCUUGGAACCUACGAGACUCCCCAAGAUGCUGCUUUGGCUUACGAUAGAGCCGCUUUCCAAAUGCGCGGAGCUAAGGCUAAGCUCAAUUUUCCUCACUUGAUUGGCUCUAAUACUUGGGAACCAAUCAGAGUUGGCACAAGGCGCCGGUCACUGGAAUCUUCUUCAGCUUCAACCACAUCAUCUGCAAAGCCCAAGAGGAGGAAAAGUGCAAGUAACUCGGAGGCCAAAGCCAUCCUACAGGGAAAUACAAGUUUUGGUGCGGAGGUGGGUAGUUGGUCAGACAAGUUUUGGGUUAUUUGA